CUCUUGCCCCCGGAAGUAACGCAGUAAUUUAUCUUUGCUUCUCAAACGUCAUUGUUGUUUUCACGCGUUUCUCUUUCUAAUAAUAAAGAAUAAUUCUCUUAAGCGUUUAUGACACACAGUUCUGAUUCAAUGAUGUUAAUACGGGUCGUUUAAAGCCGUGUCUCACUUUAUGAGCGGUGUUUUCUUCAGUGAAUCUGUGGCGGUCGAUCAGUUCUUGAUCCUCUGAACACAUGAGUGUGUCUCUGGUCGUGAUCAGACUCGAGCUCGCUGAUCAGUCUGAUUCCCCGCAGGGUUUUCAAUACUGCGCCGUUGCAGAGAUGUCAGAGGACGAGAUGAGAGAGAAAGCGCUGGUCUCCGCCAGAGUCACGCUAGACGGCAAAUCAGAUCUGGAGCGGUCGGCCAUCCUCCACCAGCACCUGGGCAGCCGUGUGAUGAGCGACAUGGUGAUCGAGACCUUUCAGCCCAGCACAGCGGAGGAAGGUAAAGAAGAUCUGAAGUCCACAGGAGACACAAGUGAAGAUGCCAAAGAUCAAACGGACGUGAGCGUGACUCCAGACUCUCCCUCGAAACAGCUGCCGGAUCAGAUCUCCUUUUUCAGCGGAAACCCGUCAGUGGAGAUCGUCCACGGCAUCAUGCACCUCUAUAAGACAAAUAAGAUGACGUCACUCACAGAGGACGUGAGGCGCAGUGCGAUGCUGUGUGUCCUCACGGUACCGACCACCAUGACCAGCCAUGACCUCAUGAAGUUUGUGGCUCCCUACAACGACGUCAUGGAGCACAUGAAGAUCAUCCGAGACUCCACGCCCAACCAGUACAUGGUGUUGGUCAAGUUCAGGAGUCAGGCCGAUGCCGACAGCUUCUACACAACAAGCAACGGCCGUCAGUUCAACUCCAUUGAGGAUGCUGUCUGCCAGUUAGUCUAUGUGGAGAGGGCGGAAGUCAUCAAAUCUGAAGAGGGGGCCAGUUUACCUGUGAUGGAUCUGACAGAGCUGCCCAAGUGCACCGUGUGUUUGGAGCGCAUGGACGAGUCCGUCAACGGCGUGUUGACCACCCUGUGCAACCACAGCUUUCACAGCCAGUGUCUGCAGAGAUGGGAGGAUGCAACGUGUCCAGUGUGCAGAUACUGUCAGACUCCUGAACCCGUGGAGGAAAACAAGUGUUUUGAGUGUGGAGUGCAGGAGAAUCUGUGGAUCUGUCUCAUCUGCGGUCACAUCGGCUGCGGACGCUACGUUAGUCGUCAUGCCUACAAGCACUUUGAGGAAACGCAGCACACUUACGCCAUGCAACUGACCAAUCACCGGGUCUGGGACUACGCUGGAGAUAACUACGUUCACCGGCUUGUUGCCAGUAAAACAGACGGGAAGAUGGUGCAGUACGAGUGUGAAGGAGACACGUGUCAGGAUGAGAAGAUCGAUGCGCUGCAGCUCGAGUAUUCAUAUUUAUUAACCAGUCAGCUGGAUUCUCAGCGCAUUUACUGGGAGAAUAAAAUAGUUCAUCUGGAGAAAGACACGGCGGAGGAGAUCAACAACAUGAAGGCCAAAUUCAAGGAAACGAUCGACAAGUGUGACAGUUUGGAGAGGAAACUAAACGAACUCAUCAAAGAAAAACAAUCCAUCGAGAAGAAAUGUUCCCAGCUGAAUAACAAAGUGGUGAAGCUCAGUCAAGAGCUGCGGGAGGAGCAGGAGAUGAACCGGUGCCUGCGAGCCAAUCAGACGCAGCUCCAGACGCAGCUGCAGGAGGAGGAGAGGCGGGCCAACGAGACCGCGGCCAAUAAAGAAGGCCAGAUCGCCGAGCUGCAGGAGCAGCUGCGGGACGUCAUGUUCUACCUGGAGACGCAGCAGCAGAUCGAUCGGAUGCCUGCGGACACCCGGCAAGAAAUCCAAGAGGGUCAGAUCAACAUCGCUGCGGCCCCCGCCGCCCCUCAGCCCGGGCCCUCGGCCCACGGCUCCGGCAGACUGGGCGGCCGGAAAGGACGAUCCAAGAGGGGAAAGUAGCCAAAGACGUUCUGUUUGGUAUAUUCAGUGCUUUACGGAUGGUGGAAAUGUUGCACAGGCUGCUUUGGAAAUGAGGGAGUUCGAAUAAUCGCCCUUCCUCGUGUUCCCGCUACAUUAGAGGCUCUAAUAUAUUACAGUUGGUUCACUAAUAUCUCACACAAGAGGACACAAGUGCUGCUUAGAAAUGUAGCUCGACCUGUUUUAUAUGAAAACAAAGUGCUGUUCUUUUAUUUUCGUAUUAUUUUAGUGUCCUCCUCAUAGCUGGAAGAUUUCAGAUGUCUGAUUCAUGAAACUGUGCUGAUAACUCUGGACGUUUAUUCAUUGUUUGGUUUAUUUUAUGUUUGUAGAAAUUACUGAAUCUUGCUUUCUGCAGCUCUGACAGAUGAGUCUCAUGAAAACCUGUUCUGGUCAUGUUUCACUUGGAGAAAAAAAAGAAAUUAUAUUUUUCUGUUAUGCAUCUGA